AUGGCAUCCAAUUCGAACAACUUCCCAGCAGCCGACCAUGACUAUGUCAUAAUCAUUGUGUUUCCGGUGGUGGGGUGCAUUUUUUUCGUCAUGGCCUCGCUCGCGCUCUGCUUCUACAUGAAGAAGAGGGACAAGAAAAGAACCGUUCAAGAAGUCGACCUCAAACACAUCGAUGAACAUAUAAGAAUCCAAGAGGCUGUCGUAACGGACAGCCAUGGACGAAAAAAGACGGUGGUUUUGUCUGUUAAGGGUGAUGUUCACGUUGAUGAAGACAUCAUAAGGCGAGAGAAAGAGUUUAAUGUUGGUACAUCUGAGGUUGGUAGCGGUGAUCUUGAAGCAGGACAAUCUUCUUCUAGUGCAAAAGUAGACAAUCUUGAAAAGUCUUGA